ACAUCAUGUGUGACGUGAUCGAUUCUGUUGUUCAGAAACAGGUAUUGAAUAUCAAGCAGAGGUAUGUUCACCAAAAGAAAAGUUCUCAUCAUUUCUGGAUUGUUAAUAGGUGGAAUUAUUUCAUGGGUGAUUAUACCCAACAGUGUUAUAAGGGUAAUGAUUAAUAAACAAAUGAUUGGCAUGAAUUUGUUAACAGAACAUGCAUCUGUCUAUAAGCAGUUGUCUCAAAAUCAGCCGGCUGCACCGGUGCAAGCGACUACCGUGGAGGUACCUUCACCUGGCCAAUAUGGUUUGUCCGAUAAAAUGAAAUCAAUCCGUCAAGACUGUGGUGACCUGUGUAAUACAUCAAGAAAAGGGUCACCAGGACCAUAUUUUGAUCAUAUCAACGCAACAAUUAAUUGCCAUGCAAUAUUAAGGAAUGAAUUUGUAGACCGUGGUCACGGACUACCUCGUGCACCGGAAACAAUUCCGAAAGAACUAAUGAAUGAGUUUACUAUGAAUAAUCGUAUACCAGUUAAAAAGUGGUAUAUCAGUAACAUAUAUUUAGGUAAAAAAGCAGCAAGUCCUGUGUGGACAAAUAAAACUAUUGAAGACUGGAUAAUUCUAGCAAAAGAAGGUAAAUUAAAGGGAAAUUACGGUGUAGGAGAAACAAAUGCUCUUAGAGAUGGAUUAAAACAUGCACCAGGGAUUAAAGACGGUAGGGUUUUGGUAAUAGGUUCAGAAAUCCCAUGGGUUGAGGCAUGCGUACUUGAAGCAGGAGCACGUGAAGUAGUGACAUUAGAGUAUGGCAGUAUCAAAUCAGAACACCCAAAAGUGAAAACUAUGAUUCCUCUUGAUUUUCGUAUGCGUUAUCUUAACAACACUUUAGGAUUAUUUGAUGGUAUCGUUACAUUUAGUUCUAUAGAACACUCGGGAUUAGGGAGAUAUGGGGACGCAUUGAAUCCGUGGGGUGACAUUAUUGCCAUAGCACGAGCAUGGUGUGUAACAAAACCUGGAGGCUCACUUACAAUAGGUGUGCAGUAUAAUUAUGACCAUGAAUAUCUUCAUUUUAAUGCUCACAGAUGGUAUGGUAAAAUAAGAUAUCCAUACUUAACUACUAAUUGGAAACAAUUCUAUAGAGGCACAGGCAGUCAACGCGUCCAUGUUUUCACGAAAUAAAAACAUGAAAAGGAAACUUCGAAAGUUUGCAGAUGAAAAGAACGAAAACAAACCAUGUGCAAUAAAAAGGAACAACUCGGAUAGAUAAUUCAACCCCAAAAACAUGGGCACAUUUAAAAACUAAAGAUGAGGUGCUCUAAAAGGGUAAGCAGUUCCACAACUUUUCAGCAAUACGGAUUUGAUAACUUAGAUUUAUAUUUUAAUUGCCAUUACCGUCCUCAAUUUUCAUUAGAUACGAUUAAUGUACUAACAGUGAUGUUUGAUAGAGUUACUAUGCAAAGAAGAAAGCUUUCGAAAUUAAAAUAAAUAAAAUGUUAAAAUAGAA